AUGUCCUCAGGCGGCCUUGUAUCUGCGCUGUCUGGGUGCAAGAAGUCUAUGUCCUUCACCUGGAUCGGCUGGCCGGGAUUCUUUAUUCCUCCAAAAGACCGCCCAAUCCUCGACAAGCGGUUGAUGGAGGAGUACUCGUGUCAGGCGGUUUACCUGGACGACGAGGUCGCGGACCGUCACUACAAUGGCUUCAGCAACUCCAUCCUCUGGCCGCUGUUCCACUACCACCCCGGUGAGAUGAACUUUGACGAGGAGAACUGGCUCGCGUACCGCCAGGCGAACAUGGCGUUCGCACAGGUGAUUAUGCAGCAGCUCUCACCCGGUUCGAUGGUCUGGGUGCAAGACUACCACCUCAUGCUGCUCCCUAUGCUUCUCCGUGUCCUCAACGACGGCCCGCCGAACGACGGCUCGACGACCGCCUCAGAAAUCGAGCGCAUCCUUGAGGGCAUCGAGAUGGAGGACAUACCGCCCACGCGCGUGCCGAACGUCAAAAUCGGCUUCUUCCUGCACACUCCGUUCCCAUCCAGCGAGAUCUACAGGAUUCUCCCCGUGCGGCGGGAAAUUCUGCUCGGGACGCUGUACUCGGACCUCAUCGGUUUCCACACGUAUGACUACGCGCGACACUUCCUGUCUUCUUGCACACGUAUCCUUGCGCUGCCUACGAUGCCGAACGGCGUUGAGUUUGAGGGUCGGCUCGCGCACGUCGGCACAUUCCCGAUCGGGAUCGACCCUACGUCGUUCACGGACAACCUCAAGAAGGACAGCGUGCAACAGCGAAUCAAGCAGCUGCAGCAGCGCUUCGGGGACGUGAAGGUGAUCGUGGGCGUGGACCGGCUGGACUAUAUCAAGGGCGUGCCGCAGAAGCUGCACGCUCUCGAGCUGUUCCUAAGCCAGCACCCGGAGUGGAUCGGCAAGGUUGUGCUUGCACAGCUGGCGGUCCCAUCGCGGCAGGAUGUAGAAGAGUACCAGAACCUGCGCGCGAUCGUCAACGAGCUGGUCGGCCGGAUCAACGGGCGAUUCGGCACGGUCGACUUUGUUCCCAUCCACUUCAUGCACAAGUCGUUGCCGUUCGAUGAACUGUGUGCGUUGUACGCCGUCAGCGAUGUGUGCUUGGUCACCUCCACGCGCGAUGGUAUGAACUUGGUGUCAUAUGAGUACAUCGCUUGUCAGCAGGAGAAGCAAGGCGUCAUGGUCUUGUCAGAGUUCGCGGGCGCGGCGCACAGUCUGAACGGCAGUAUCGUUGUCAACCCGUGGGACUCGCAAGAGGUCGCCGACGCGAUCUUCCAGUCCGUCAGCAUGGACGCGGAUACUCGGGCAGAGAACCAACGAAAACUCUUCAAAUACGUGACGAAAUACUCCGCAGCGUACUGGGGUACUUCCUUCGUGCGCGAGAUGACGAAAAUCCAGACGCCCGAGACGGAGCCCGCGGAGACGCAGAAGGGCGGCCAGGCGGAGCUACAGCUCAAGCGCGAGGACCUCAAGGGCUCCAACGUCGUUGACGGGAGCGUGCCCAUGACCCCACCUGCCAACGCGCCCGCGCCGAAUAGCCAAUAG